AUGUCGCCACCAAAUACCAUUAUUACCUUGAAGAGUUCUGACGGACAGACUUUUGAUAUUCAGGAAGCCAUUGUUUUGCAAUCUCGAACCCUAACAACAAUUGUGGCUAACAAUUACGGCAAGACCAACAUUGUGAUUCCUGUGAAUAAUGUAAGAGGCAAAAUUCUAGCGAACGUGAUUGAGUACUGCACCAAACACGCUGAGAACGAGUACUACUGCAAUGAUGAUGAAGAAGAAGAGACGAAGAACUGGGAUGCAGAAUUUGCGAAUGUGGAUGCGAAGGUGAUGAGGGAGUUGAUGAAGGCUUCAAGUUUACUUAACAUACCUGAUUUGGUGGAUUUGUUGUUGUGGAAGAUGGCGGAUAUGAUGCAUGGGAAAACACUAGAGGAGAUACAUAUUCUAUUCCCUGCAGGUAUGUUCGCUAAAACAGUAGUGGAAGAGGAAGAAGAAGAUUAUUGGGACAGUGAAUGGGACUUCGACUGA